CUCCCCCCUGCAGACGGAAGCAGAGAGAGAGAGAGAGAGAGAACCAAAUCCGAAGCCAUAUCGGAUUCAAACGCUUCACUUUCCAACAUAAAGAUUCAUUAGUUUAAUCCACUAUAUCCAUCGUUUUUGUUCUUGUGUUCGAUCGCCCGAAUCGGUGUGCUCCAUCCAAUUCAUUCAUAUAAUCAACGAGCUCGAUCAUAUUCUGCAAGAGCUGUGCUAGGGUUUCGUUAGGGUUCUGAGUUUUUGUUUUCUUGUUCGAUGGAUUCUGAUGAUAAUAUGCACGAUGCUAAUGACGUUGAGUCUGUAGACGAGGAUUUCUACAGCGAUGGCGAAGGUUAUGGCUAUGGCUAUGACUAUGGGGAAGCCACAGGCGACAGUGAUGAAGAUGCUGACGACAUAGACAACGAGCCCGAAGCCAUCGAUGAUCCCACCCUCAGUCGUUCUCAGAAAAGCUACUCCGUUUUGGAAGAAGAAGACAUACACAAACGUCAAGAGGAUGAUAUAAAUAGAAUUUCAGCUCUUCUUUCCAUAUCGAGGGUAGCAGCAUGUAUACUGUUGCGCCAUUGUAAUUGGAGUGUGAACAAGGUGCACGAAGAAUGGUUCUCUGACGAGGAAAGAGCCCGAAAAAGUGCUGGCUUGUUGGAAAAUCCUGUUAUUCAACUUUCCAGGGUUAAGGAAAUUGUAUGUGGCAUAUGUUUUGAUAGAUUUCCUUAUGACGUGAUGGUUAGUGUUGCAUGCGGUCAUCCCUUUUGUUCUACAUGUUGGACAGCUUACAUUAGCACAUCAAUCAAUGAUGGCCCUGGGUGUUUAAUGCUGAGAUGUCCUGAUCCAUCCUGUGCUGCUGCUGUUGGUCAAGAUAUGAUUGAUCUGUUGGCAGUAGAGGAGGAUAAGGAGAAGUAUUACCGUUACCUACUUAGAUCAUAUGUAGAAGACAAUAGAAAGACAAAGUGGUGUCCUGCCCCUGGUUGUGAUGCAGCAAUUGAAUAUAUUCUUGGAAGUGGGAGCUAUGAUGUCACAUGCAGUUGUGCAUACAGCUUUUGCUGGAAUUGCACGGAGGAAGCUCAUCGACCUGUAGAUUGUGACACUGUUUCCAAGUGGAUUCUGAAAAACAGUGCCGAGUCUGAGAACAUGAAUUGGAUUUUAGCCAAUUCAAAGCCUUGUCCAAAGUGCAAGCGACCAAUUGAAAAGAACCAUGGCUGUAUGCACAUGACAUGUACCACACCCUGUAAAUUUGAGUUUUGCUGGUUAUGCCUUGGUGCAUGGUCGGAUCAUGGUGAGAGAACAGGCGGGUUUUAUGCAUGCAACCGUUAUGAAGCCGCAAAGCAGGAGGGACUGUAUGAUGAGACUGAGAGGAGAAGAGAGAUGGCCAAAAACUCUCUGGAAAGAUACACUCAUUAUUAUGAGCGGUGGGCUACAAACCAAUCGUCAAGGCAAAAAGCUCAGUCAGAUUUGCUUCAAAUGCAAGAAGUGCAUCUUGUCAAGCUUAGUGAAAUACAAUGCGAACCUGAGACACAAUUGAAGUUCAUUAUCGAAGCCUGGCAACAAAUAGUUGAAUGCCGAAGAGUGCUAAAGUGGACAUAUGCAUAUGGAUACUAUCUUCCUGAGGCGGAGAAAGCAAAGAGGCAGUUCUUUGAGUACUUGCAAGGUGAGGCCGAGGCUGGUUUAGAGAGGCUUCAUCAAUGUGCUGAGAAAGAACUUAAUGGUUUUCUCAACUCACUUGGCCCUUCAAAGGAUUUUAACGAUUUCCGCACAAAGCUUGCUGACCUGACUAGUGUGACACGCAAUUACUUCGAGAAUCUUGUUAGGGCAUUGGAAAAUGGUCUGUCUGAUGUAGACGCACAAGGAGAAGGCUGUAGCAAGACAUGCUCUAAAAACGCUGCCGGGAACAAGGCUAAAGGAGGGGGCCGAGGAAAAAGAGGUUCAAGCAAAACCAUAGAUGAUUCCGGUGGCUGGGCGUGCGACCAAUGCACAUACAUGAACCCCAAGUCUGCUGCCACUGCCUGUCAAAUGUGCCACAUACAUCGGCGAUGAUUACACCACGGUCUGGUCUCCUUCCUUCUCCCUCCCCUCCCUUGAACAUACAAAUCCAGUGCUAUUUAUAAAUUAGGGAUGGAGCCGGCUGCAUAUUAUUUUGGGAAAGAAAAUGCACAAAAGAGCCAUAGGAAAGGUUUCGCUAAACAACACGUUUUGCGGGCAUCUUAUUUAUGGUAUCUGUAAUUGCUGUAAAUAGAUUUGAAGUGUCUUUACGAAGGAGGGGUGGCUGUUGAUUCUUAGAAGUUUGUUUUCUUUUGGGAAGUUUUGGGUUCUUGCGUACUCUGCAUAAUGUGGAGGGUAUGUAUGGAUUCUGAAUUACAUCUCCCAAGUCCUCAAAAACCAUUGUUUAUGAUACACUUCAUUACCUAAUGAAAUACUUUCGUUUGU